GUGCCAUCUCUCUCUCUCACCGUACAUGGAAGGUUUAAUAUGAAUGGCACACCGCGGGUUUGAUAACGACGUGAUUUUAUUUUAUUAAAAGGAAGACGACGAGGAUCUGAGGUUUUUCCAACGCGAGGGACUUGCAGGUGUAGGUCAUCAUGCCGCUGGUGAAGCGCAGCAUCGAACCCCGCCACCUGUGUCGGGGGGCGGUGCCGGACCAUGUGACCAGCGAGCUGGAGUGUGUGACCAAUAGCACGCUGGCAGCAGUCAUCAAGCAGCUGGGCAGCCUCAGCCGGCACGCGGAGGACAUCUUCGGGGAGCUGUUCAACGAGGCCAACAGCUUCUACCUGAGGAUGAGCGGCCUCCAGGACCGCGUGGACCUGCUGGCCGUCAAGGUCACCCAGCUGGACUCCACCAUCGAGGAGGUCUCCCUUCAGGACAUCAACAUGAGGAAGGCGUUCAAGAGCAGUACCAUCCAGGACCAGCAGGUGGUGUCUCGCUCCUCCGUGCCCAACCCCGUGGUGGAGAUGUACCACCGCUGUGACAAGCCCCCGCCCCUCAACAUACUCAGCCCCUAUAGGGACGACAAGAAGGAGGCGCUGAAGUUCUACACUGACCCGUCGUACUUCUUCAACCUGUGGAAGGAGAAGAUGCUGCAGGCCACCGAGGACAAGAGGAAGGAGAAGAGACGCCAGAAGAGCUGCCCGGCCCACCCUGACAGACCCCUCUCCAGGCAGGCCGCUCCGAGAAGCCCCCUGUCCAUCGAACAACAGAAGCAUUCAGAGGACCCAGGGAGGGAGGUGAAGAAGGUCCGCAAGGCGCGGAACCGCCGGCAGGAGUGGAACGUCCUGGCGUACGAUAAGGAGUUCAGACCGGACGCCCGCCUCACGCCCUCCCCCUACCACGGCAUGUCCUCCGAGGGGUCCCUGUCCCCCGACAACAGGUCUCUGGCCUCGGACUCAUACCCGGCCAGCCCCUGCCACCCCCCAGCCCAGCCGGGCCCCGGGGCCCCCCACCCGGCUGACCCCCAGCUGGCCCACACCCAGUCCCUGGACCGGGGCCUCCGGCCGGCCAACCAGCCCCCGGGGGCCGGAGGGGCCGCCGGGGGGGCCGGGAGGGGCCGCCACGUGGCCUCCCUGGGCAGGUUGCCGUCGGGCCACGGGGCCCACGUGGGGGCGGACCCUACGGUCAACGGGCCCCGGCAGCAGUCCAUCAAGGACUACAGGGCCGGGCACAGCAGCCAGCCCUCCACCAUCCCCGAGUACUACAUCCCCCCGGCCCCCCCCCCUCCCCCGCCCACCAUCCCCUCCGCCCAGACGGCCUUCGACGCCACCGCCUCCCCCCCGCCCCACCCCCCCUCCUCCUCCUCCUCCUCCUCCGCCUCCGUGGCCCCGCCCGCCAACUACUGCCCCUCCCCCCCGCCCCCCCCGCCCGCCAACUACGUCCCCUCCCCCUCCCACCCUCCCCCGGCCGCUCCCCCUCUGCCUCCCCCCGCCCCCCUCCCCCCUUCGGCCAUCGCUGCCGCCGCCGCCUACGGUUCGCCAGGCCACGCCCACUCCGGCGAAGCCCCGCCCCCUGGCCGGAAGGGCACCGCCAUCUUGGGGCUGAUGCCCAUGAGCGACGCCCGCUCAGACCUGCUGGCCGCCAUACGCAGAGGGAUCCAGCUGAGGAAGGUGCAGGAGCAGCGGGAGCAGGAGGCUAAGAGGGAGCCGGUGGGCAACGACGUGGCCACCAUCUUGUCCCGCCGCAUCGCCGUGGAGUACAGCGAGUCGGACGACGACUCGGAGCUCGACGACAACGACUGGUCCGACUAG